UACUGGCUAGGACACCUGUUGAUUCCCCUUUUGUUCCCUUGUUCUUAUCAUCCUGCACCCUCAUUUCCUUCUUUCGAUCUGAAUCACUUCGUCUCGCCGUCACUUUCAAGCUCGCACAGGCCGGUCCCUGAUAGUAUCUUUCUCGCAAGAUGGUGCAACUGUCCCUCCGCUUCCUGAACCUCUUCAUGGUGCUCGUCGCCAUCGGAGCCUUUGACCUCUCCGAUCAGCAGCGCUCUUCCUCGUCCUCCUCCUCUUCGACAAAGUCCUCUUCUUCUGCCGUCUUCGCGGCACCCGUCACGAAUGGACACAGCUUUCAGCCUGUUCAUCGUUCCGACAAGGCCCGCGUGGGCAUCGUGCUCAAGAGCGGCUCGUCGGCCGAAGGACUUAAUAAGAGUGGAAGUGACAAGAGGAUGGAGAAGCGCCGCAAGGCCUUUCUGAGGCGUGGAGGGCAGGCUGCCUUCAAGGCUGCCGAGCCAGCGUCGGAAAGGCAAAAGGCUUCGGCCUUCAAGGGCUUCGAGGUGGCCCACCACGCAAAACAGCGCCAGACGCUUUCGCUGCGAAAGCUUCGCCACAGCGGCAAGCAGGGCAACCCGCUUAUGAUGCUGCAACACCACAUCAAUCGUGCCAACGCCAAACUGGCCAUGAUGCGGCGAAGAUCGAUGCCAUCAAAGGAGGACCUGCACGCGGCGCUCCAACAGCGCAAGCGCAGUAUCCUCGCCUCUCGAGACCCAUCCCCACCCCAAACGAGUCAGAGGGCCAUGCAGCUGGGGUCCUCCGUCGGAGCCGAUCGCAAGCGAAGAUCUUCGACGUCUCAGCAGCAGCACCCCGAAUACAAGUUUGCGUCGGGAAAACACGGCCGUAUUGGCGUCGUUAACAAGAGCGUUAACGAGGGGCACCACAAGAGGCUGGUCGGUGGCCUUCUCGGGGGCAUCUUGGGCGGUGGCAGCUCCCCACAGCAGCAGCCUCAGCAGCAGCCCACCGCUGCCUCCCCAGCGCCAUCUGCGCCGUCUACCACCAAUUCCACCAGCUCCAGCGCUAGCUCCAGCUCCAGCUCCUCGUCUUCUUCCACCAAGGCUGCCGCGAGCACCACGGCGAAACCCACGUCAAGCCAGGCUGCACAAGCCACCCCUACCAAGGCGAACAAAUCGAGCAAGGCCACGGAAAAGGACGGCAAGAAGGCGAGCAAGAAGGAGGGCAAGAAAUCCGCCGCGGCCGUCGCUGCCGCCACUGCCUCUCCCUCCUCUGGCGGCUACUCCAAGUCGGCCCUCGCUGCGGCCAACUCCAACGAGCUGCAAAAGGCUGCCGAUCCAUCGGCCGAAGACAGCCUCGGCCUCGACAUUGAAGCAAACGACGUUGGCUACGUCGCCACCGUCGAGAUUGGCUCCAAGAAGCUUCCCUUCAGGAUGCUCAUCGACUCUGGCUCGGCCGACACUUGGGUGCCCCAGGCGCCUUGCAAGCAGUGCAACAGCCACCAGAAGCUCGGAACGAGCACCUCUUCGACGUUCAAGGCCGGCAACGAGAAAUUCUCCAUCACCUACGGCACCGGUGAUGUGUCCGGCACACUGGGCCAGGACGAUCUCAUGAUUGCUGGCCUGACGCUCAAGAACCACACGAUGGGCAUCGUCACACAGGAGUCCGACGACUUUAGCGAUGCCUCUGUGCCCUUUGACGGUCUGAUGGGACUGGCAAAGGAGCAGCUCUCCAACUCGGGAACGCCGACACCCAUCGACAGCCUCUACACCGACAAGCUCGUCCCUGCUCCCGUCAUGGGCUACCAUCUCGGUCGAGCUGCAGACGAUGACAACGAUGGCGAGGUCACCUUUGGCGGUGUCGAUGCUACAAAGUACUCGGGCGACCUGAUUGAGAUUGACAAUGUCUCUGACCAAGGCUUCUGGGAGAUUCCCGUUGAGGGCGUCAGCUUCGAUGGAAAGGCUAUCAGCGAGCUCGCGUCUGGCAAACAGAGGACGGCUAUUCUCGACACGGGCACGACGCUGAUGAUCAUGCCUACGCCCGACGCAGACGCAGUCCAUGCGGCCAUCCCGGGUGCCAAGGCGGACGGUCAGGGAGGCUACACGAUUCCGUGCACCACUGAUGCUGGCCUCUCGUUCAAGUUUGGAGGCAAGGAGUGGCCCAUCGUGGCAAGGGACAUGGUCUUCUUGCCAGUCGACCAGAACAAUCUCCAGGGAGAGUGCGUCUCGGCCAUUAGCGCGGGCACCGUCGGGGGCGACUACAAGCUUCUGCUUGGCGCGGCAUUUUUGAAAAACGUCUACUUUGCUACAAAUGCCCAGACGAACAGCGUCGGCCUGGGCGUACUGGCCAACUCAACUGCUACGGCUUCGCAGCAGCAAAAGUCGGCCAAAAAGGCCACGUCUUCGAGUCAUUGAAAGAGACGGAGCGAGAUCCGAAAUUAUACACUUCCUUCCUUCAUUUCCGUUUCCUCCAAUACAAUACAUACCGUAUUACAUUUGCCUCUGUCCCCGCUCUGUGCUGAGCCGAUCUGAGCCUCAUUCAUCGCACAGCGGAGAGGCCUGGGCAUAUAGCUCUUGUCGG